UCUCGGUUACCGACCCGUCUUGGAUACCCAGCAGUUUCUCUGAGAAACAUCAACACAGUUACCCGGGAAAGAGACCUCAGAGGCGGGGAGCGGCGUUUCUCUUUAGGGACCUCACAGCGGAUCUGGAUACUUUGUUACACAGACACACACCGACACGACAACAAUGGAUGAAUGUCGUUAGAAAAAGUUGCUAUCUUAGUUAGCUAACAUUGGUUUGCUAACGUUAGCCGGCUAAUGCUAACGUUAGCAAACAGCUGAAACUGAAGAAGAAGUCUGAUGAAGUUUGGAUUUUAUUAUCACGAGGACGGCAACAUGAAUCUGGACAUCUAGAUACAUCGGUUCCUUUCAUUACAGGUGAAUGAGAGCGAUGAGGAGCAGCAGGAGGCCGGAGGUGUCUGCUCAGCAGCUGACUGAUCACACUAUUGGCACAGAGCUGACAACGGCAUGGAAGAGUUUAACUCAGUCCAAAGCUGCUUUGCGGCAUAUAGAAAACCGCCUGGAAGCCGCUCCAGGUUCAGGUGUUGUCCUGGAAUCGGUCAUGGACCCCAAGAAGAAGUCCUCCAGGACGGUGCGCUGCAGAGAUGGACAACAUGCUGACGUCACCGCGGGGUCUUCUAAGCGCCGGGGGCGGAGUCAGCAGAGUCCGGAGAAGAGCAGCUCUCGCAGCCCGCUGAGGAACGCCACGCAGGACAGCAACGUGCGGAGGAACAACAGCGUGGAGUUCAGGGAGCCGCUGGCCUCCUACAGAGAGGCCACCCCUCCACCAAACCCCCCCUCUCAGCUGGAGGCCUUCAGCUUUCAGUCCUCCUCCUCCAAUCCCCCCUCAGACCCCCUGCUGAGCCAGAUGGUUUACCACAGAGACACCAGGGACUCUCAGACGGACCGGGACCAGGACAGCACUCGCUCCUCGGCUCUGGAGGGCACGGAGGUCCGAUUCCUCAACGACCGCUCAGCCCUCGACUCCAUGAGGACCGCCAGGGUCUCUGCGUGGGAGCAGGACAACACCCCUAAACCUGCCCUGGACUCCAUGAGGACCGCGGGGGUCAGAGUCUCUGCAUGGGAGCAGGACAACACUCCCAAAGCACAACCAGGCAUGGAGGGACAGGAGUCGAGCCCGAGUUUAGCUCCAGGAUCCGCACAAAGAGAGGAGAACACCCCCUCGUCGAGCCCAGGAUCAGCCUCUCAGCGGCUGGAGAACCUCCGGCGGCACCAGCCUGACGACAAGCUGGAGAAACUCAAAGAGCGCAUCCGGAGGCAGAGGCAACAUCUGGAGGAGGCGGCAGAGAGAGAGAAGCUGCUGUUCAACCUGGAGCAGCCGGACGUAGAAGCUGUGGGGAGCAACAACGCCGGCACCAGCAACAUGCACAAAAUAAUACGGAAAGUAGCAGCUGCUCCACCGGCUCCGAUAUACAAAGGUUUCAACAGCACUGAGACGAAGAUCCAGACUCCUGAUGGGAAAGUCUGGAAGGAGGAGGAGUUCCAUAACCUCAGCAGAGAAAUAUACAGAGACCUGUCCCGACAGUUUGCUGAGAGCACCAGAUCCAGACAGCAGCACCAGAAGGAACAGAGAGCAGACAGAUCCAGAGAGAGGAGGCCCCCCAAACCAGUGAGGAAGGUCCACAGAGCGGCCCCUUCCUCUGAAGCAACCGCCAAACCAGUGAUCAGCCCUGCGUCGUGGAGGGACGGCCAGAAGCUGGUGAAGAUGGUUCUGGGUCCGGUUCCCAAGCUGCCCCGUGAAGAGGAGCUGCCAGCUGACAGACUGAGCAGAGCAGCUUCCCGUCACCGCUCCAGUUCAGAACCGCGCUCAGAAUCAAACCCCCGGCACCGCCCCAGCAGCUCAGAGAGACCCAGCGCUGGAUUUAAAUCAAAAAGCCGCUGCACAGCCACCUCCACCCCCCAGGAGAAGGCCCAGAAUACGGGUGUCGGUACAGACCUCCUGUCAGCUGACAUCCAGGGGAUCCUCGACGACCUGCAGCUGGAGUGCAGAGCGGCAGAGCGGGAGGAAAGAGCCCGGCAGAGAGCUCGAGGAGGGGGGAGUGCACGGAGAGGAAGAGGGGGGUCUGGCUCUCGAACCAGGACUCCGGUUUCUGCUUGGGGGGCCACUGCUGCAACAGGAAGUUCCUCGAGAGGCUGCCGCAGCGCCAGCCCCAUCCCCACCUCACACCAAACACAGGACCCCAAAAAGAGACACUACGACGCAGACUCUGUGCGGCAGUACAUCAGCCGGCAGCAGGAGGAGAGGAAGAGGAGGCAGGCGGAGGAGAAGAGGGCGAUGAAGGAGGAGGCGGAGAGGAGGAACCAGAGACUAAAGGAGCUCUACAGGAAGCAGAGAGAGGCAGUGAUAACUGCUGAGGCUCCUGAGGCUCCUGUGCAAAGACGACUGCAGGAGACAUACGACAAACUGCUGCUGGAGGACAGCCGGCUGGGAGAGGAGACGCAGACGCAGCCUGCUGCUGAGUCUAUUCACAUGAGGCCAAUGUACCAGCCCUCAGGAGAGUCGGACAAAGAGAACAAACGACUGGAAGCCCCUCAGAGCCCCUCGAGCAGCGACAGGUCUCUGAACGAUCAGCAUCCUGCUCCUUUAUCCAGGAAUGAUCUGGAUACUGGCCUUGCCUCUCUGCUGCAGCCGGAGCACCUGAGCAGCAGCACCAUGGCUCCUUAUGGAGACCAUUUCCUGUCCCACCUGCUCAGGAUGGAGUCUGCGGUGAAGCAGCGUCCGACACCAUCUCCCUCCAUCAGGCCGAACUCUAAGAUGUCCCGCAUCGAAGCCCUGAAGGCCACCGCGGCUUCCCUCUCCAACCGCAUCGAGAGCGAGGCGCGCAAGAUCGCUGGGGACGGGGUCAACUACGAUUUAGAAACCCCCAUGGAUGUUAUAAGACCCUCUCAGGGGGAUCCUGACGCUGGAAGCUGGGCUGAAAACGAUGACGUGGCGUCGAGGAUCCAGAGGAUUCUGACCAGCACAGGUCAUACAAGUUCAUACAAUGGCACGGCUCUACCAGGAGCAGGACAUCUACAUGCACUCAGGGGACAGAGAGACAGCAAGGGUACACACACCUUUACAAACAAUCCACACACACCUGCAGACGAGACAGGGCUCAACACACAUGAGAGGGAGAGGCUGGUCAACGGCUUGGACAGAGUGGAGAGAAUGGAUAACGGAGAGUCAAGAAGAGAGGAUAAGAAUGGGACUCUUGACUCCAGUGCCGGGUCCAUCAGCGAGGGUCCUCUGCUGAGUGAGGGGAGUUUCUCUGAGGAUGAUGUAAGUCCUCCUCACCCCUCCUCCUCCUCACACGGUCGUUUCCCCCGAGCAGCAGCAGAGCGUCUGGAGGCGGCGGAGUACUGCGCGGGGCAGAGGAAGGACUACCACAGGCUGUCGGAGUUUCAGAGGGAGGCGGCCAAGUGCUCAACCCUCAGCUACACGCAGCACGACAGCAGCAAAGCACCCUGGGAGGAGCUGAACAAAGGGAGCCCUCUGAGCGUCAUCAACAUCUACACCAAGAACCUUCAGGGCAGACUUCCAGGGAGUGAGAGGAACCCCCCCUCUGCUCUCCCUCCUCCCUCUGCUAACGGCCAUGUAGACGCAGCGGUGUAUGAAGACGACUUUGUGUCAUUGCACAGCAGCGGAGCGAGCGCACAGUUAAAGAGAGGCUCCAACUCACGCAGUGUGAACAGUCACUUUGAGGAGCUGAUGAGGAGGUCACCGUAUGACAAAAGUACAGGAGGCAUCAGUUCCCAGCAUUCAUCCUUUCACUCGUCUAUUCACUCGUCUAUUCACUCCCCUCAUCUCUCCUCCGGAUCAACCCCUGCCUCCUCAAAACACUCUGCCAGAAGAAUAGGCGCAGCAUCAGACCACAGCGAUGGCACUCUGGUGGAAGAUCACAGGAGCUCCUGCUCUCCUCCUUCAGACGCUUUAUCCUCCGACUCCAGGAGGAGAGCCUCGGACAAAAGCUCUCCCAACAGCCAGGCCAGAAGCGUCCGCUCUAACGAGGCUUCAGGGGAAACUCCAGAGCUUUCUCACCACAGUAAGAAGUCUUCAGCGCUCAGACACAGGAAGGCGUCUCCUUCGUCCUCCGGCUCUCCUCCAGGAGGAAACUCUCCCGGUGAGAGGAGUGGCUCUCUGGGGGGCAAUAACCCAAACACCUCAGCGCGCAGUGGAAGAGCCGAGACCAAGACCACAGGUGACCUGCAGUACUCCCCUGCUGUCCUUCAGCAGCGAAUGGCCGCAGAGCUUCAUCACCUGGAGACCAUGGAGGAGUCGGUGCGUCAGCUGGGAGACGUGGAGCGGGUGAUGGGAGUGUCCAUGGCUCAGCAGGAGAGCGUCUCAUUGGCCCAGAUGCUCAAGGCACGGCAGCUGGCUCACGAUCGUGACCUCUACGAACUGAAGAUCAAAGCUGAGAGAGAAGCGCUGGAGACGCAACUACAGCUGGAGGAGAACAGACAGAGAGUGGCCAGGGCUCAUCAACUGCAGGAGAACUUGGCGUCGAAUCAGAAGGACACGUUGGAGGGUCUCCAGGAGGCGGCUAAAGAGAUGAUGAGUCAUCAGGCGGAGGCGGCGCGGUACACGGCCGACACCGCCCGACACAUCCGAGAGAUGGCAGAGUUGGCGCGCUCGCAGAUAUCUGGAGUUUUGGCCCCUCGUGAUGUUUCUGACUCCUCCAUGUUGGACGAGCGGGAAGAACAGCAGAGCUCCUACUCAAAGCAGCGACACGACAGAAACGAGUCCGACAGCUUCAGUAGUGAGGUUUCCAACAGAAGGACCAGGCCGGAGGAGACGCUGUCCUCCCUGAACAGCCUCAGUCCCUCUGACUCUCUGUCCUUCAGAAGACCCAACAUCAGUGGAGCGGACUCCAGCAGCCACCACAGCCCUUCACACGCCGCGUUUGAGACCAGAGACCGGACGAAGAAAGAUGCCAGAGAAGGGAAGAGGAGGAAGGAGACGAGGAAGGAGGAAGGCAGCAGCUCCAUCGAGGAAGAAGUUCAAAAAGCAGCCAAUGAUUCUCUCUGCAGCGACAGCAUCCCCUCUGCAGUGGAUAACAAAGGAGACACUACGUCCGUGGCAACGGAAUACUCUCUGAAGUUUGACGAGUCGAUGACGGAGGACGAGAUCGAGGAGCGCUCGUUUCGCUCUCUGCUGCCGUCUGAGGCGCACCGCAGGGGAACCAUGGAGAAGAAGCCCCGCCCCCACGAUGAGUCAGAGGAUGACGGAGCCAAUCACAACGCCACAGUGGUUUCAGGGGUUCAACACAUGUUAAAGCCUCAGGACACCAGCAUGUCGUUCGCGGGCGGGCAGGACAGCUUCUCUCAGUUCACGAUGGACAUGGUGCGUCAGUACAUGAAGGACGAGGAGGUGCGUCUGCAGCACCAGAGCUCGCUGCUGCACCUCCGACAGAAGGCCGUCAAAGAGAAGACCAAAGCUGAGCUGGCCUGGCUGGAGCACCAGAAGAAGAGACUGAGGGACAAAGGAGAGGACGACAAGAUGCCUCCAAUCAGGAAGAAGCAGAGGGGCCUCCUGAUGAAGCUGCAGCAGGAGCAGGCUGAGAUCAAGAGGCUUCAGGAGGCCAACAAAGCGGCCAGGAAGGAGCGGCAGCUGUUGCUGAAGCAGCAGGAGGAGAUCGAGCGGAUGAGAAACUCCACCCUCCGCCUGAAGGAGCGUCUGAAGAGCGCCGGGGGGGAAACUCCACCUGAGACCCCCGUGUCAGAGACCCCCCUCUCAGAGUCAGCCUCCCCCAACAUGAGACGCAGCCCCUCCCCCCCGCUCUCCAUCUCUGGAAGUGAGACCAGCAGCAUCAUGCAGAAGCUCAAGAAGAUGCGCUCCCACACGGACGAGAAACUCUGCUCUCCUGUCCACUGCUUCUUCUCUGUGUUCACGGCUCACCACUGGGCCUCCCUCAGUGUCUGUCUUCCCAACCUCCACCCUAAAUUCCAGAUUUUUAUCUACAACCAUUUGGUCAGGUUCCUGACGAAGCGAGAGCAGGUGCUGAUGCAGAGGCGGCACCAUGCGGAGGAGCUGCUGCAGUGGAAACAGCGCCUGGAUCGAGAGGAGGCCGAGGUCAGGAGGAUGGAGAAGGAGGCGCUGGCUUUGUGGGACAGAACAACAUCUCGAGACGGGGCGGAGAGUCGGGAGAACGAGGUUUAUGACAUCAGCCCGAGUCUCCGUCAGAGCUCAGAGCCCAGGACUGACAGCGAGAAAGAGUAUGUGAGUGAGGACUGUUCCUCAGUGACUCCUGACUCCAGCGUCCACACGGAGGGACCACAGACAGGAAGUCCAGCUUCAGAUCCACCUGCUUCAAACCCUGAAACUCCUUCAGGAACCUCCGUGCAGAACAGCCCUGCAAACUACAGCCAGGACUUCACCUCUCCCAGCAGACAGUCUCUGAGAGGAAGCCUCGCCCCCGCAGCCUCUCCUUCACACGGCAGCAAGAUGCAGCUCCGAGCCUCCAACCGGACUGACCUUCCUCCAGAGCACAUUUCAGACCAGAGUGACAUAGAGAGCCGAAUCCGGGGUCUGAAGGAGGAAGUGAGGAAGAGGAAGUUUAUGGCCUACCAGCUGAAGAAGGAGCAGAAGAAGAGACACAAAGAGCACCUGAAGGCGCAGGAGGCCAGCCUGCUGAAGCAGCUGGAGAGCUACAACAACUUCAUAGAGAAAACUAAAGCAGAGCUGAACAAGAAGCCGGACUCAACGCCUGAUAACUCCCAGAUCAGAGAUUCAGUCGCAGAGCAGACGAGCAUCACAACACCUGCUGACAGGUGUGAAACCGGCACCAUCUCUGGAAGGACGCACAUUGAGGCUUCAUUGGAUCACAAUGCCGUCCCUCAGCCUGACCUCAGCAGACCCUCCUCAGUUCCUGAAGAGUUGUCUGAUGAAGAUCCCCCGACUGUGACUCCCACCCCGGUGCACGGCAGCCCUCAGAGAUCCUAUCAUGAGCCGGAGGUGAAAGUGAGCUCAACGUUUGAGGAUCAACCGUCUGAGCGUCUCCUCGUCUCCAAAGCAUCUGUGACCCUAGAGGAAGACAAAGAGUUAAAGACGAGGGAAGCAUCUGAAGCUGAGAAAUCUAACAUCAUCACCUCUAAUAAUAAUUCAGCUGCAGAGGAACUCAAUCUAAACGAUAGAUCUGCAUCCAGUGACUCCUUCUCCAUUAAAGACGUGGAAGGCUCGUCUCCCAGAGCAGACGCUUAUCACGAUGACUUUGAGUCUUCAGUGGAUUCUUCUCCUAGGGAUCACGACUCCAAACCUGCUUCUCAGAUCUCCAGAAAGGACGAGGAGGAAGUGGAGGAGGAAGUAUCUGAAGAUCUGAGUCACCGUUCGGGGACGAGUGGAGCGAGCCGUCAUUCUGCGAGACUGCUGGAUUUUCAGAACAACGCAGAAGAAUCCAAACUUCUCCACUCGCCUCCCUCUCCCGUUAGAGAUGAAAUGCUUAGCUUUAAUAUCGGGGAUCGAGUUCUUGUCGGCGGUGUUCAGCCGGGAACGCUGAGGUUCAAAGGGCCGACCAGCUUUGCUAACGGUUAUUGGGCCGGCGUGGAGUUAGAUAAAUCCGAAGGGAGCAACAACGGCACCUACGACGACGUGGUUUACUUCGAAUGCGACAAAAGCCACGGCAUCUUCGCUCCUCCGGACAAAAUCUCACACCUGCCGGACAAGUUUGAGAUCUACGCCGACACCACGGAGGACGAGGACUCCUUCUGUGACCCUCUGUCGGAGAAAGGGGAUAAAGAAACAAAAAAGGGGGGGCGGGACUCCGAAAAGAGGAAUGAAAAUGAACCAACAUCUAAUGAUUUCAAUAACUCCGGAGAUAAAAGAGUUACGGACAUAUCGAACAAUAAUGUCAAAGAAUCCAAGCAUCCUAUUUCUAAUGGCACGGACAUUAUGCUGCAUUUUGAAGAUGCACCCACCACCCUCCUCAUCUCUGAUAUCGACCUGGGGAAGCAGAACCAGAAGGAGAUCGCCCCCCGUGUGGAGAGAGAGGAGAUCUCCCCCCAGAGGAGGGUCGACUCACGUGAGGUGAAAGUGUCUGAGGAGGGGAAACAGAAAGCGUUACUGGACUCGGUCGCAGACCAGCUCCUCAACAACUUCAUGACGGACACGGUGGCGCAGUUUGCUGAAAUUAAAAGGGCUAAAGAGCAAAAGAUAGACGCCUCCAAUCAGAUGAACGGAGAGGAAGGUGUUGAUGAAGAGGAGGAGGAGUGGUUCCCAUCUGUUCAACAGAAGGACGGGCUGCCCUUCUUCCUGCCUUCAGAGAAAGAGGAGAUGACGUCUCCAGAGCUGUGCAACCAACCUGAGAGUCCGAUCCUGGGGGUCAGCGGGCAGGAGGAGCUGGUGAAGCGCCUGGCGGAGCUGGAGUUAAGCCGUGGACUUCUGGAGGAUCUGGGCGACGACCAGGACUGGUUCGAUGAGGACUUUGGCCUCAGCUCCCGCAGAGAGCAGCAGAGAAUCAAACGGAGGGAGGAAGACGAGGAGGAGGACGAGGAGGAGGAGAGGCUGGGGAGGUUUUCAUCAUCCCUGGGGGGUUUUAUCUCAUCCUCAGGGGGGGAGCAGCAGGUUAAGAUCCCCCCCAGACCUGAGCUUCCUCUCCCUCUGCCUCCAAAACUCCCCGAGCAACCCGCCAUGGUGGUUCCUCACUCCGCCACCGAGGUGGAGAAGAUGGUGCACGUCGCCACGCAGGAGAUCUGGGAGAGCUCUGGCCUGGGGAGGGAGGGGGGGGCACGGAGCCUCGCUCAGAUGCCCACCCCCCAACCCUCGCAGGAGUAUCUGGGGAGGAAGGAGGCCGGCAGCCAGGAGCAGGAGGCAGUCUGCAUCCACAGCUACAGAAAGGCGGUGUUCGACCUGACGUGGGAGAUGCUUCAGGAGAUUUACAACGAGGAACCGAGCUCCGAUCAGCCUCAGUGGGUCAAACCACGGAGAGUCAGAUCCUCCUUCUUCCACAGAGUCAAAAGCUCAGGAGACCUCAACAAGAUCCAGGAGUUCAUCUCAGCAGAGGUCCUGAAAGUGUACGGUCUGAGCAAAGAUCACAGCCUGAAGACCGACUGGCAGAAGAUGCUCAAGUUUGGCAAAAAGAAGCGAGACCGAGUCGAUCACAUUCUGGUCCAGGAGCUCCACGAGGAGGAGGCUCAGUGGGUGAACUACGACGAAGACGAGCUGUUUGUGAAGAUGCAGCUUGCCGACAGCAUCUUCGACGCUCUGCUGAAAGACACUGCCAACACACUGACGCUCAUCUACGACAAGCGGGCCAAGAGAGAAAACAACCCGAAACUCCAAGCUCCAUCUUCCUCCUGACAGACUAAGAACUACAAGCUCCACCCUCUCCUGACAGACUAAGAACUACAAGCUCCAUCUUCCUCCUGACAGACUAAGAACUACAAGCUCCACCCUCUCCUGACAGACUAAGAACUACAAGCUCCAUCUUCCUCCUGACAGACUAAGAACUACAAGCUCCAUCUUCCUCCUGACAGACUAAGAACUACAAGCUCCAUCUUCCUCCUGACAGACUAAGAACUACAAGCUCCAUCUUCCUCCUGACAGACUAAGAACUACAAGCUCCACCCUCUCCUGACAGACUAAGAACUACAAGCUCCAUCUUCCUCCUGACAGACUAAGAACUACAACCCCCACCCCUCUCCUGACAGACUAAGAACUACAACUCCCAUCCCUCUCCUGACAGACUAAGAACUACAACUCCCAUCCCUCUCCUGACAGACUAAGAACUACAAGCUCCACCCUCUCCUGACAGACUAAGAACUACAACCCCAUCCCUCUCCUGACAGACUAAGAACUACAACCCUCUCCUGACAGACUAAGAACUACAACCCCCAUCCCUCUCCUGACAGACUAAGAACUACAACCCCAUCCCUCUCCUGACAGACUAAGAACUACAACCCUCUCCUGACAGACUAAGAACUACAACCCCCAUCCCUCUCCUGACAGACUAAGAACUACAACCCCCAUCCCUCUCCUGACAGACUAAGAACUACAACCCCAUCCCUCUCCUGACAGACUAAGAACUACAACAGCCAUCCUCUUCCUGACUGAUUUAAAGAACUUCAACCUCUUUCUGUUUCCCGCCAUUUCCCGUCUUCCACCAGCUGACGUGCCAACAGCGACCCUCGGAUGCCUUCGACCCCUCGUUACCUCUCAGAUAAACGUCUGGAUUUUCCUUCAGCUAACUUUUUUUAAUAAUCUAUAACACACACACUUCUGUAACCUGAACACACACUUCGUCUCGCCUCCUUUUUUCGAGCGCCGGCUGGAGAAUAAGAAAAUGUUUCUGAUGGACUGUACCAUUUUGAUGGACUGUACCAUUUGAUGGACUGUACCAUUUGAUGGACUGUACCAUUUGAUGGACUGUACCAUUUGAUGGACUGUACCAUUUUGAUGGACUGUACCAUUUGAUGGACUGUACCAUUUUGAUGGACUGUACCAUUUGAUGGAUUGUACCAUUUUUGAUGGACUGUACCAUUUGAUGGACUGUACCAUUUGUACACCGUAUGUAACGUCCAUCAAUGCUGCUAAACGGACCGUUCCAAAGGGGCGGGUGAUAUAAAACCACCUGGAACUAAAGUAGGUUGUGUUGAAUCUGUAAGUAACUAUAAAUAUAUAUAAAUACUGUAUAUAUGGAUUCACAAAUUGUAAUAGAGUAGCAGAGAAUAUACGGUGUACUCCUUGACGAGUUGAAACUGUGAUUACAGGGUUUUUACAUCCAGAAUCUUUUUAUUAAAGAGUCAAUUAAAUUAAAAUAUGAUCUCUAUAAGACUCGGACGUUACAGCCGUCUUUACUUCUCGAUUGUUUGAGACUUUUUACUGGUUUUGAGGUACUAGAAAAUGCUUAAUUGGACGUGUUUCUCCUCAUUUUGGCUUGAACUGAUUCGGCUAUUUAUAAAAAAAAAAGAUUGUCAGCACUUUCACUUUAUACAUUUGAAAUCCAAUGUGCUGCAGGAGAUCUCAAACAGACGGUAUUCAACGAGGAACACUUUUCCUCCAUAGUUACGUUAUGUAUUGGUUCGAUUGGAGGAUUCAGGUUGAAUUGUAAAUUAUCUUGACAACAAUAUCUAAUGAAAUUGUAAAAAAAGCACAAACGUGAAUGUGAACACAGCAAUAUAUGAAAUAGGACGUUUAAAGAAGACCUGAUUAAAGAGGGGACGAAGCUGUUUCAAUAGUUCUGUGUGACUCUAAUCGUGUCCCACUUUCCUCCUACACAUCCACCUGUUCUAGAAAACGUCUCGUACAGGAAGCCAAAUGAAGAAAAGGUUGUUUAAGAGGCCCUAUUGUCCCUGUUGGGGGUUUCCUGAACACAUCCCUUCGUAACACUCGCACUCCUAUUGGCUAGCGCUAAGGGGCGGGACAUCUCUAAGCACGUUGACCAAUCACAACAAAGCCGGUCCAGCUAACCAAUCAGAGCAGAAAUAGGGCCUCUUUAAUUAUUUGCCUUUUUUAUGACGUUAUUAUAAUUACAAAUGUGUUUCGGGGCAAGCACUUCCAAAUAUCGAGUCAUUUCAGUUUCCAUGCUGGUGUUUUUAAAUGCAGAAAACUCAGAAUAAGUAUAUUACAUUACAUAACAUACUUUAGCUGAUAUAUAUUGGAAUGUAAUAUACGUAUUCUGCGUUUUGUGUAUGUAAAGCACUAAAUACGAGGUAUAUAGUAUGAAAGUGGGACACAAACACCGACGUAUCUUUUUCGAAUCGCAUCACAGGACAGAUCUGGAAUGCUGGAUUGUAUCUUUACUCGUCCUACUGAUAAAAAACCUCUUUGUUUCCUCAUCAGUCGCUCUGGUGAACAUCUGCCCAGAGAACAUGGUUUAAUGCAUCGACCAGCCGUCAGAACGUCUACCUUCAGUUCAAGUGCCUCUCGUUUGGAGUACAAACUAUGGACCUGUUUUCCUUUGAAUGUAUUCUCCCAUUCUCACCGCUUUGCCAACUCCUCAGUUUCUGCCUUAUAUCAAACUUCCUAUUUCUAACUAAAUGGCUGACUCACUGUCACUGAGCCACGUCUCCCUGGCAUCUGUGCAUAUAGACACAGUUGAGUCAUUGUGUUGACUUUAACUAUCAGGAACUAGAUUGUUGACACACACACACACACACACACUUUGAGUCCAAGGGCUUAUUUGAGUCCUGCUGCUUAAGUGACCUUAACCUGACUGUCUUUUUCUACCGUCGAUGUUUUAAGAGUUACUGAAGUGUUUGUUCAAACUGUAAAUGAUAUCGUAGUCUAGUUUCCAGCUUAGUGAACCUGGAGAUGUUGAAGACCCCAAAGUGUUAUGUUAUAAAUGUAGAGUAGGGUCUCCAGCACAUAGGAACUGCCGGACGAACCUGCACAUGUUGGGAAGUUUGCACAAUUAGCAUUAAUGCAGACAUUAUUUAAGAAAUGGCUUGGCCGAUUUGGAGUUGUUUUGGAGGUUAUUGAGGAUGCCGAGUCCAUUUCUGACAUUUUCAGGAUCAGAAAUUACAGUUUUAACUAGAAAGUAUCCAUAUUUGUGCUUUCUGUGAGUUGACUACCAUGAGUGGUGUUGGAUAUAGAAAGCACAAGAUGAACAUUAUCACAUCCAGAUGAUCCAGAGUCCCCUAAAUCCUUCAAAUCGACCCAGAAUGUAUCAAAUGCAUUCCUCAGAGUACACAUAUGGGCGUAAUCUGGUUAAAACUAUCAUUUUUUAAUCCUGAAAAUGUCAGAAAUGGACUUCAAAACAUCCUCAUAACUCAGAACAUAACUUGCUCAAACUAUUGUCCACAUAGGCUUUAAUUGUAACUAAUGCUUAAUAACACAACCUAUGCUAAUUAGUUAGCAUCCGGCACUUUCUAUGUGCUGUGACCCCUUCUAUACAUUUCUAACAUAAAACGUCGGGGUACUCGACAUGUUCUGGACCCUCUGAGCUGGUGAACAGACUAGAAUGUAGAAAAAGACCAAAACCAUGUGACGGCGACCUCUCCGUCUGUAUGUUCCUCAAACGCUUUAAUGCCAGCCCCCCGUAGGAUGGUCCUGUUGAACUGAUUGUAAAUGGGGGGGGUCUCGGUGUAUCUAUGCAGUACUCGGUCCUGUUUGUGUGGACCAAUCAGAUCACACUUCUGCUGUAGAUUCAGAAAAAAACCUUUAAUGGAGUUUAAUAAAAAAAAAAGGCACAAAUUCUUUGAUUAUCAAAUGAACACCGGUCUGUUAUGAAAUGUUAAUUAAUAUUUAUAAUAAUGUUUUGCGAGUGCGCGCGAAGUGCACUUGAAGACUUGUACAAUUCUUUGAUGGGUGUAAAUAUUCUGUCUGUUACUGUAACCUGUUGUAAGAUACACACUGUUUACUUUGCAAAUAUGUGCAAAUUAUAUAUUUGGUAACUAAAUGAACUUGUAAAUAAAGCUUUCAUUGUUUCUAAAGGAACGCUGACUUCAUUCUG